GAGCCCAGGCGCGCGCUCUACCUAAUCAAGACCCCACCCCUCUUUCCCUUUAGUGACAAUUGACAGCGACCUCGUGCAAUGGCCCUUCCGGCUCCUCUAGGACACUCUGCCCGUUGGUAGUGAAUGAACCAAUUAGACAGGGAAAAAAAGAAGCAACGCCCCAGGUUUCACUCUUGCUUGACAGACGCAAUUGAGGCCAUCCUCGAGUCCCUCCGCCCCCAAGUCCAGUCCAGCUGGCGAUGGACAGACCUUCUACCCAAUAGCACGUCCGUUUUUUUGCCGUUGGGUACCGCCCCCUUGAGAGCUAAGCCAAUAAACGCACCGGGUCUCGGCGGGGUGGAGGGGUUGCACUGCGGUAAUAUGGCUCUUCCUUAGCCAGCUGCGGCGGCAGUGGCUGCGGCCAGUGUUGGGACGGAGCAGUCCUGCCUCUUGGGUGGCGGGUGUCUAGGCUGUAGGGGCUCGGCGGGUGGAGGGUAGGAGGUGGCAGCCGAUGCUGGUGGAGCGCCCGCCCCGCCGUUUGGCGGACCCUGGAUCAAGAUGAGCGCCUCCGCGUCGGUCGGGGGCCCGGUGCCCCCGCCACCACCGGGCCCAGCCGCGGCGCUGCCUCCCGGUUCUGCCGCGCGGGCCCUGCAUGUGGAGCUGCCGUCUCAGCAGCGGCGUCUUCGACAUCUUCGGAACAUUGCUGCCCGGAACAUUGUUAAUAGAAAUGGCCAUCAGCUCCUUGAUACCUACUUUACGCUUCACUUGUGUAGUACUGAAAAGAUUUAUAAAGAAUUUUAUAGAAGUGAAGUGAUUAAGAAUUCCUUGAAUCCAACCUGGCGGAGUCUCGAUUUUGGAAUUAUGCCAGACCAUCUUGAUACAUCUGUAUCUUGUUUCCUGGUGAAGAUAUGGGGUGGAAAGGAGAACGUCUACCAGCUGUUGAUUGAAUGGAAAGUCUGUUUGGAUGGGCUGAAAUACUUGGGUCAGCAGAUUCAUGCCCGAAACCAAAAUGAAAUAAUUUUUGGGCUGAAUGACGGCUACUAUGGUGCUCCAUUUGAACAUAAGGGUUAUUCAGUUGCUCAGAAGAAUAUUCUUCUGCAGGUGGAUCAGAACUGUGUUCGCAAUUCUUAUGAUGUCUUCUCUUUGCUACGGCUUCAUAGAGCCCAGUGUGCAAUUAAACAGACUCAGGUAACUGUUCAGAAAAUUGGAAAGGAAAUUGAAGAAAAACUAAGACUCACAUCUACAAGCAAUGAGCUGAAAAAAAAAAGUGAAUGCCUCCAGUUAAAAAUUUUGGUGCUUCAAAAUGAACUGGAACGGCAGAAGAAAGCUUUGGGACGGGAGGUGGCAUUACUGCAUAAGCAGCAAAUUGCAUUACAGGACAAAGGAAGUGCAUUUUCAGCUGAGCACCUCAAACUUCAACUCCAGAAGGAAUCCCUAAAUGAGUUGAGGAAGGAGUGCACCGCAAAGAGAGAACUCUUUUUGAAGACUAAUGCUCAGUUGACAAUUCGUUGCAGACAAUUACUCUCUGAGCUUUCCUACAUUUACCCUAUUGAUUUGAAUGAGCAUAAGGAUUACUUUGUAUGCAGUGUCAAGUUGCCUAAUUCUGAGGACUUCCAAGCAAAAGAUGAUGGAAGCAUUGCUGUUGCCCUUGGUUACACUGCACAUUUGGUCUCCAUGAUUUCCUUUUUCCUGCAAGUGCCCCUCAGAUAUCCUAUAAUUCAUAAAGGGUCUAGAUCAACAAUCAAAGACAAUAUCAAUGACAAGCUGACGGAAAAGGAGAGAGAGUUUCCACUGUAUCCAAAAGGAGGGGAGAAGUUGCAAUUUGAUUAUGGUGUCUAUCUUCUGAACAAAAAUAUAGCACAGCUAAGAUAUCAGCAUGGACUAGGGACUCCAGACUUGCGGCAAACCCUUCCCAACCUGAAAAACUUCAUGGAACAUGGACUCAUGGUCAGGUGAAUAGGAGCAGUGACAGUGGAUAUCCUUGUCUUGUUUCUGACUUCAAAGAGAAUGCUUCUAAUUUUUCACCAUUAAGUAUUGUACUUAUUAUAGGUUUGGGUAGUUAUCCUGCAUUGGCAAAAGGAAGAAUUUUUCUAUUCUCAGUUUACUAAGAGUUGUUUUAUAAUCAUGAAUGUGUAUAUUUUGAAUUUCAUCAAAUGUUUGUUUUGAAUCUAUUGAGAUAACACUACAUUUUUCUAAUGUUAAACUAUCUUUGCCUCCUGGUCAUGAUGUGUUAUUUUUUCCUACAUUAUUGGAUUCCUUGGCUAAUUUUUUAGAAUGUCCCCAUCUGCAAACUGAAAUGAGACUGGCUUACGGUUUUUCUUUCACAUAAAAUCCCUGUCUGAUUUUGGUUAGAACGUAACUAAACAUGAUGAGGUCAUAACAGCCUCGUCAAGUAAAUUGUGGAUCUUUAUCUUCUUUUCUAUUCUCCAGAACGGUUUAUAUAAAAUCGAGGAAGUAUCUCUGUCUUAAAGGAACCUAGGUAAAAAAAUAGUGUUUUUUGUUUGUUGCUGGGGAGAGUGGAACCUAGAUAAAAACUGGUGUUUUUUGUUUAUUGCUGGAAAGAGUAUAGAUUUUUAACAACUGAUUUAAUUUCUAUAAUGCUUUCAGGUCUAUUGCUGUUCUAUGUUUCCAAUUCCUCAUUAACUCACUCCAGUCUGAUUUUUAGUUCUAUGAGUAUACUGAAAUUCCUUUUAUCCAGCUUGGUGUCUACUGAAUUCCAAACAUAGACCCAAACCCAAAGGUCACUUUUUGUCCUUGUCCUGUUGAGCAUCUCAGUGGCACCUGGCCUUGCUGGCCCUUCCUGCCUUUCUGAAACACUCUUCCUCGUUGGCUUCCACAGGACUGCCCUUUCCUGGCUUUCCUGCUUCUGGCCUCUCCAUUGUCCCAGCUUAGGCCCUCUUCCCUUUUUCUCUCUCUACUCUCUUCUCUUUUUUUCUCUCCUCCUCCACCUCCUCUCUACUCUCUUUUUCUGUGUUCUCACCCAUUCCCAUCAUUUUGAAAACCAUCUAUAUGCUUAUGACUCCCAAAGUUUUGUUUGCAGUGUAACCUCUCCUGCACACUCUGGAUAGCCAGGCUCUUACUUGACUCUGUCCCUGGGAGUAUGACAAGCAUCUCAGCCUCAACAUAGUCUAAAACACUCUUUCCAACAGCAUAAUUCCUCUCAGCUAAUGGGACCCUGUCUACCCAGUUGCUCAAACCAAUGAAUCAUCCUUGAUCCCCUUCUUUUCUUCCCUCCUAUCAGAGCUAAUCUUACUCAUCAGCAAGCCCUGUCAUCACUACCUGCAAAAUACGUAUCAAUGUGUUCACCUCCCAUCUCUGCUGUUGCCACUCCGGUCCAAGCCACCACCUUUCUUACCCAAACAGCUGCACCAGUGCAAUUUGUCUCCCUGAUUUCACUCUUGUCCUGCCUCUAUCUUAACCACUCUCCAGCUUCAGUGGCGAGAGUAAAAUCCAAGGUUUUUUCCAGUCUACUUAGCCUCUGCCUCAUCUGAUACCACGCCCUCUCCACUCUCACGUCCUGUUACUGUACUGGCCUCUGUGUGCUUAUGCAAACAAGCUCUUUCCUGUCUGCCUGGUCGCGCUCACUGUUCCUCUGUGUAGAAUGUGCUCUGUCUCUUCCUUCCUUCCUACCACCAUCCUCACCUCAUUGCCUCAAAGAGAGGGAACAGUUUAAGAAAAGCUGCUUUGUGAACACAGCAGCUUUAUUGGGAAUGAAUAGACACCUUGGCUGAAAUGCAAAUUCAUUUUAAGAAUGAGGAGAAUCUGGGCUUUGUGGUUCUUUGGCAAUCCUUUUUAAGAAAAAGAAUACAAAAUUACAAGCAAAAUUAGAAAUGAAAAGACAUUUGGAAUGAGAAACAAAUCACAACAAAUUACUGGAACCUUAGAGAUUAGGACCCUUUCUUCUGAGAUCUCUGUAGACAAUUUACUCAAAUUAUUUCAUAGAAAUACUUCUUCGUUGCAACCUGACUGCCCUUCUCCUCCUAAAACACUGUCAUUUCCAGCAACUCUCAGUUCGAAGGUAUAGAGAAGUUAAUUGACUUUCCAGGCAUAGUUGACCCAUGAACCUGUAGCAAUAAAACUAGAAUUUAGGUCUCCUGGCACUGAUGUAGCAAACCUAUUAAGCUCCAAGCUCAUACAUUUAUAAAUGUUGUGCCCCUCUCUGCCAGCUGUGCCAAGCACAUUAACACUGAGUGAACAGGAAUGUGCCACUUUAUGGUACUGUAAUGAAAAAUAGACUACUAAAGUAGAUGCAAAGCACUGCAAAACGAAUGCUACAUAUCGGUUCCAAGUAAAGAUCAUGGCAGGAAGCCAGGCUGGAAGUCACAAAGCUAAACAAAGCCGGAACAAGCACUUUGAGUCUCAGAGGAAAUCUGAGAAUUUCCGAGAGCAACCGUGGACUGAGGACUUACAUCUCAAGCCUGCACUCCUUAGGGCAAAGGGUAAAAAAACUCAGGUUCCUAAGGGAGUCUCUUACAUCUUUUGUAAAGCAAAACACUUCCAUUUUCUGUGUGGUUGUUACCAUUCACAGAUGGGUCCCUGUGGAAGCAAAUUGCUGCAUGUUCUUUUGGUGUUGAGGAUUUCAUACUGGCUGAGGAUCAGUGCAUUCACUGAAUUCCUCCUUAUGGUAAGCUUCAAAGUUAUGUGACAGCUUGUUUUGUUUUAUUUUGUAAAGAAAAAGCUGUGAUAAAAAUCCUUUUAAUGAAGUAAUUCUUUUUCUUCCACAUUAUGAGAAGUUCUUAGCUAAUAUCAGAAUGAUUGGCCUGAUUAAUUCUGAAAGGAACCCCCAUUUUUUUAUGAACACAGUUGCAUGGGCCACGGCUCUCAGUGAUUUAUGCCAGGUCUUUCCAAAAAGAGUGCCCAUUUUUUCAUCCUAAGAUUAUAAUCUAGUCAUAACUGCCAAGCAACACAAUUUUGAAAAGCAGAAUUUCAGCGUAGAAUCUGUGCUCUUGAAUACUUUGAUUAAAAGUCACCAGAAUGUCAUUUAAACAUCCCAUUUUUCUUUUAUUAUUGCUGCAAAGUGAUCCGAGACUCAGAUUGACGUGCACAUGCACCGCCAAUAUGGGUGCUGCAUUAUGGUCAGGGAAAAAUGUGCACGCAAGCUGCUGCCUGAUGGCUGCCUGUAAGGCGAUAAGUUUAGAACUGAAAGAGAUUAUGUGCUGAGGUUGCUGUGAAUGGGCUGUGUGAUGGGGCCCCAGCAUCCGGGUCCUGAGACAGUGCCUCGAUUUUGUCUCUCCACCACUCUCCCACCCUUUCUCAACUGACCCCCAGGCUUAGCACUCGCAUUUGUGACCUCCGUUCUUUACUUAGGCAAGUUCCUACUACCCAGAAUAACCUGACCCUUCCUCUGCCCUAUCCUAAUGUCGCUCUCACUUCAAGAUUCAGCUCAUAUCCUACCUCAUUCAUUCACUCACCCAACACCACAGUGGCAGAUACAGAGAUAAGUAUGUAUUCCCUCAGUAGCUUAGAUCCACUUCUCUGGCGAGCUUACCCACUAGGCUUUUGAGCAGCUUGGGUCUGGGGACCAUGUCUUAGUCACCUCUGUGGUCCCAGCCUGGCAUUACGGAAGCACUAGAGAAGGCAAUGAAGAGACCAUCUGAGCAGUUCUACUCAUGGAAUAUGCUCCUUGAGCUUGUGUUCACAGAGCUGACAGUCUAAUCAAGGCAGUGAAACAGGAACAAACAACAUGUACUGAAAAGUAAAAAGUAUAACAUGCUAUAAGAAAAAUAGAUGAGUUAUUUUGAACAUUCAUAGGAAGCCCUUUAGUUCCUGGUGUGAAGGGUGUAGACAAGCCUUCACUAAGGAGAUGACAUUUCAGUGGAGAGUGGACCUGGAGCAAAAGAAAAUUUGGCCAGCUGAGGAUUGGGGUAUAGGACAGAGUAGGUUAAGAAACAGUGGCCCAAUGAGGUGGAAAGACGAGGACUAUGGAUUUGAAUACCAGCACCACCAUUUACUGUCUCUGUGACCUCAAACACGUUUAAGCUGUCUGCCUCAAUCCCUUUACCUAAAUAAAAUGAGGAUAAUGUGCCUACCUAAUAGUGUGGUCAUAAGAAUUAAAUAUGUAAGUACCUAGCAUACUGCCUGGCACUUAGUAAUAUUUAAUAAGCAGUAGCUUUUAUAAUAAAUCAAUGAAUCAUAGUUACUAUCUAUAUAUUUUUAAAAUCAAAUUCAUCCUUUGCUAUAGGUGUUUUUACUUUGACAUCUAUGGUCAUCUUACAGAUAGGUAUAGAAUAUGGUUCUUGUUCAUAUUUUGGCUCCUGCUCUCUAGUAUGUUAAUGGUGCAGAAUAUUUACCAUCUGUCUACGUCUCUCUCACUUUCCCCAUGUCCUUUAUAAGACCACUCUGAGGCCUUAGAGAUAAGUACCCUACAAAUCUGUUUGUCUACAAACUUUUUUUUGCUACCUGCCUUCUUAGGUAACUCACCCAUAGUUAGAAGUUACGAAUAAUAAAACCUCUUACUUGCAAAACUUUCUGUUUUUGCUUAAGCUUGCAAGAACCCUGUGAGGGUAGCUGGGCAAGAAUAAUGACCACUAUUUUACAAACCGAAAAACUGAGACUCAUAGUGCCAAGCAACUUGUCAAGAUCACAUGGUACAAGUGAUGGAACUGGGACCAGAAACCCAGAGUAUCUGACUCCUAAUCCCAUAUUCUUUUCACCAUGUCACAGUGCCUUUUCUCGGGUAACGGCCAUUCUGUUCCUUCUCCGCCCAUCCCCUGCUCUCCUGUCCCUGUGCCACCUCUGUAGGUAGUGCCUCCUACCUUCCUUGGGGAAACCCACCAGAGUCAAAUCCAGAGCACUGGAAAGAUACACUGCAAAAUUAGGCAGCAGGCCUGGUGGAAACAUUCUUCGUUGUUUAUUCUACCCCAUUUACCUCAGAGAGGGAGGAAACUAAAAGUCAUAAAACUUUGGGAAGAAUUUAAGAACUUUGAAAGAAACACAAACGAUCAUGUUUCUGUUUCAUCUUCAUUGGUUAAGAAACAGGAACACGGAAGAAGGAAGUGUAUGGGUUGGGUGGUGGCCUAAAGUGCAUUUGCCCGUAGUGUUUGUGGAACACUUCCUGGAAUGACACGUUCUUUUCUCUGAAUAAGAAAAAAGAAGAAGAAAAAGAAGAUAAAAGCAAGAUUUCAAAGCCAUCUUUCUGGUUUUUUUCAUAGAAUUUUUUAUCCUAAGUUUAAUUUUUCCUGAUUAUAAAGCUUACACUCUGUAAUACUUUCAUGCGUGACAGUGUAAUACAGAGGAACGAACGCUAGAUUUGGGAAUCAGAAAAUAUAGGUUCCGGUUUCACCUCUGUCACUUAAUUUCAUAAGUUGUUUCUGAGUAUCAGUUUUUUAAAAUGGAGUUAAUAGCACCAGUUAUUGGGAAAUAUUUUCCAAGUAUAGCCUUUGUAGGCCAAAUGAGAUAAUGUCUGUCAAAGUGGUUUAUAAACUAAAAUGAACUGUGGAAAGUAUUAUUAAGUAUUAUUUUUGCAUUUGGCAAUUCAUUAAGUGUCUCUUCUGCAUAUAGAUUAUUCAGGAGACAACAGAAGAUUCCAAAGUGUAAGAUUUUCCCUGCCCUUGCUUAGUUGACAGUUGUUUAGUGUACAAUCUAGAUUAUUAGAUAAGACACAUUAAAUAUUUUGAAGGACAUGAUGUGCAGAAAUAUUCCUGUACACUGCUCACUCCCGCUGUGGUUUGGGACUUACGAGGUGAGGCCCGACUUGAGUGUGUGGUCUGCUGCAGUGGUGGAGGGCAAUGUUGGGCUGACUUACUUUGUUUUAGGACCAGGCAGGCUAUGUUUAAAGAGACAGAAUCAAUCUCAGUGACCUUAAUAAGAGGACAGGGCUUGAGACAAAGAUACUUGAGAAGUAUCCUUGGUCAAAAGCAUGCUAGAAUAUUUCUCCAAAGUACUGUAGUGUUUAACAAACACCAAUGUUUAAUGUUGGGAGAAGCAACUCGUGGCUUUAUGUGAGGCCAUCUCACGUUAGUGGUAAAAUCUCCAAAUAGUGCUUCUGCUGACCGAUUUCUUUCUUUCUUUCUUU